AUGGGCCAAGAGAGAAUCGCAGCAGGGAUUCAUAGCUGUCUUGUUACUCCUACGGAGUAUCUAAAACAUGGGCGCGAUCGCUACAAUCACUGCCUCGAUGAUCCUCGCGAGCGCGUGAUCUUGGACUUCUUCUUCGACGACCUCCUGCCGAAGCUAGUGAAUCUUAAACAUCUCGAGUUGGCCCGGAUCACGCUCACGUCAUUCCAUCUGCGCUGCUUGCGUAAUGUCCCUAUCAUUCAUUCAUUGCACGUCGAGACAUGCUUCAGCAAGGAGGAUGAACAUGGUGACGAGGAGUCUCUUCAUGACCGCUUGGAUGCGCUCCCAGUGAAGCAUCUUGUAUUUCAGCAGAUGCCUAUCGACUGGACGUCACCAAACGUGUACGUCCCGCUACCUCAGCCCGCACUGCUCGAAUCUCUGUCCUUUUACAUGUUUCAGCCAGCGCGACAGGACCUUUUCGAGGACCCGUAUCACAACCUUCUACCCUGGCUUACAUCUCUGGGUCCAUUUCCCUCUCUGCGGUCUUUGAAUGUCGUCUGGGUGCCAUGUGGCGCUCAGUGCGACUGGCGUCCAUUCAUCUCCUCUCAUUGCCCUUCGCUUGAACGGCUUUCCAUUGUGCAGAGUGUGGGUGCUAAGUUGGAUGCUACUCCUCAGCAAUUUCCAUCCCUCAAGUUUUUUCGUGGGACUUGGAAUGAUGCAAGGUUAUACGGUUUCGGCCCAGGUUGCAGUGGUCUCCAACACCUCCUCGUGUCGGCCAAGUGUGCACAAAUACCUAUACGGGCUCGGGAAGACCGUACAUUGACUGACAGCACUGCUUUAAGUGGUCCUGUUGUGCUCGCGGGACUGAAUGAGUCCCCGGGAGGGUUCGCUCAUCUAGAAUCGCUUAAAAUUUCUAUGUAUGACGUAUCAGAUGAACUGAUCACUCGACUCUUUCGCUGCUGUCCGCGGCUGCGAGCGCUGAAGAUUGACAGUCGGGUAUUAUAUCGAUUCAGGGAAAAUGGGCUCUCAGCACUAGCUUCCGUUUUAAUAGCGGCAGUAUCGUUGCCGGAUCUGGAGUAUAUGUCGCUCUGCUUUGUCAACGUGGCAACGGAAGAGAGACCGCAGUUGGACAGGAUGAUUUACUUCCUCUCGUCACAAUUACGGGUGCACUGCCCAAAGUUACGCUAUGUGCACAUUGCGCCCGUGCCGGGGAGAAUAUCCGAGGAAGGUUACUGCACUGUGCGAUUUGACCCGGUUGGUGCCCGCUGGUUGAUACAGGACUAUAGCAUCGAAUCUUGGUGGAACGGGAUAGUGAUUGGGCACACCCUUUCCCUGCGACGCCUGGAGAGCUUCAACACGAGGAUCACCGAGGCAAGAGCGGCGGUUAUGCCUCUUUUCUUACGGUUCCUUGUAUCGUAA